CAACGGACACAUAAAACUGCAGUGCCUGAUCUGACGCGGGUCGGUACUAAGUUUCUGCAGGGGUCUGGGUCUGGAUUCCCCGUUGUUUUUUUGGAAGGUGGUUGAAUGUAUGGUUCGGCUCUGUAACUGGGAACAUACACUAAGAAAGAGAGAGAGAGAAACCUCCAUCCCUUCAUCCCUUCUUCUGCUUCUCCCCCAAAGGCCCUGCGUGUCUAACAUUUAGACAUGUUCAGCUUUGUGGAUUCGAGGACUGUACUGCUACUUGUAGCAACCCAAGUCAUUCUAUUAGCCGUUGUCAAAUGUCAGGAGGAAGACCAGGACCUAGGCAGCUGUAUGCAGGACGGACAGCGCUAUAGUGACAAGGACGUAUGGAAACCAGAGCCGUGUCGUAUUUGUGUGUGCGACACGGGAACUGUCCUGUGUGAUGAAAUAAUCUGCGAGGAGAUUAAAGACUGCCCCAAACCCGAGAUCCCAUUCGGAGAGUGUUGCCCCAUCUGCGUGCGGGACGGGGAAGCUCCCUCUAGUGGGGCACCAGGAGCUAAGGGACAGAAGGGUGAACCAGGAGAUAUCACAGAUGUCGUAGGACCAAGAGGACCUGGAGGCCCCAUGGGCCCCCCAGGAGAGCAGGGACCACGCGGAGACAGAGGAGACAAAGGCGACAAGGGCAGCCCUGGGCCCCGUGGCAGAGAUGGCGAGCCUGGUACCCCCGGUAACCCCGGCCCCCCCGGACCCCCAGGACCUAACGGACCCCCCGGCCUUGGAGGUAACUUUGCUGCGCAGAUGGCGGGAGGAUUCGACGAGAAGGCUGGUGGAGCACAGAUGGGCGUGAUGCAAGGACCAAUGGGCCCUAUGGGUCCUCGAGGACCACCUGGCCCCUCCGGAGCUCCUGGCCCACAAGGUUUCCAAGGCAACCCCGGAGAGGCUGGAGAGCCUGGAUCAGCUGGCCCCCUGGGUCCCCGUGGUCCUCCCGGACCCUCUGGCAAACCUGGAGAUGACGGUGAGGCUGGCAAACCCGGCAAAGGUGGUGAGCGUGGACCUUCUGGUCCUCAGGGAGCUCGUGGAUUCCCAGGAACUCCCGGUCUGCCUGGAAUCAAGGGGCACAGAGGUUAUCCAGGUCUUGAUGGACUCAAGGGAGAGGGUGGAGCUGCUGGUUCUAAGGGUGAGUCUGGUGCUCCCGGUGAGAACGGCGCUCCUGGACCAAUGGGACCACGUGGUCUGCCCGGUGAGAGAGGUCGUCCCGGACCCUCUGGUGCUGCUGGUGCUCGUGGUAAUGACGGUCUGUCUGGCCCUGCUGGUCCUCCUGGCCCAGUUGGUCCUGCUGGUGCUCCAGGCUUCCCCGGCUCUCCAGGUUCUAAGGGAGAAGCUGGCCCCACCGGUGCUCGUGGACCUGAGGGCGCUCAGGGACCCCGUGGAGAAUCAGGAACCCCCGGAUCUCCCGGACCCGCCGGCGCAUCUGGUAACCCUGGUACUGACGGUAUUGGUGGAGCUAAAGGAUCAGCCGGUGCUCCUGGUAUCGCUGGCGCGCCUGGCUUCCCCGGACCCCGUGGUCCUCCAGGUCCCCAGGGAGCCACUGGACCGCUCGGACCAAAGGGAACAUCUGGUGAACCCGGUAUCCCAGGGUUCAAGGGAGAGGCUGGACCCAAGGGAGAGCUGGGACCAGCCGGUCCCCAAGGAGCCCUUGGCCCUGCAGGAGAGGAGGGGAAGAGGGGACCCAGGGGAGAGCCCGGCGCUGCUGGACCUCUCGGACCACCCGGAGAGAGAGGCGCCCCCGGUAACCGUGGUUUCCCAGGUCAGGAUGGUCUGGCUGGUCCCAAGGGAGCCCCUGGCGAGCGUGGCGUCGGCGGUGUGUCUGGCCCUAAGGGAGCCGGUGGUGACCCUGGUCGUCCUGGAGAGCCCGGUCUUCCUGGUGCAAGAGGUCUUACUGGUCGUCCUGGUGAUGCUGGUCCUCAAGGCAAAGUUGGACCUGGUGGUGCUGCUGGUGAGGAUGGUCGCCCCGGUCCCCCUGGCCCAAUGGGAGCCCGCGGUCAGCCUGGUGUAAUGGGAUUCCCCGGACCCAAGGGAGCCAACGGUGAGCCUGGCAAGGGAGGAGAGAAGGGACUUCUUGGUGCCCCAGGUCUGAGAGGUCUUCCUGGUAAGGAUGGUGAGACUGGAGCAGCUGGACCUCCUGGCCCUGCUGGCCCUGCUGGAGAAAGAGGAGAGCAAGGACAGCCUGGACCUUCUGGCUUCCAGGGUCUGCCCGGACCUCCUGGCCCACCUGGUGAGGGAGGCAAGCCCGGUGACAUGGGUGUUCCAGGAGAGGGUGGAGCUGCUGGUAUCACUGGACCCAGAGGUGAGCGUGGUUUCCCAGGAGAGAGAGGAGGUGCUGGGCCUCAGGGGCUGCAGGGACCCCGUGGUCUGCCUGGAACUCCUGGAACUGAUGGGCCCAAGGGAGCGAUCGGACCAGGUGGUGCAUCGGGUGCCCAGGGACCCCCCGGUCUGCAGGGUAUGCCCGGAGAGAGAGGAGCCUCAGGCAUCCCCGGACCUAAGGGAGACAGAGGCGACAAUGGAGAGAAGGGACCUGAGGGUGCUUCUGGCAAAGACGGCUCAAGAGGUUUGACUGGUCCCAUUGGUCCUCCCGGCCCAGCUGGUCCCAAUGGAGAGAAGGGUGAAUCUGGUCCCUCUGGACCUUCUGGUGCUGCUGGUGCCCGUGGUGCUCCUGGUGACAGGGGCGAGACAGGACCUCCAGGGCCUGCUGGUUUCGCUGGGCCUCCUGGAUCUGAUGGUCAGCCCGGAGCCAAGGGAGAGCAGGGAGAGGGUGGACAGAAGGGAGACGCUGGUGCCCCCGGACCCCAGGGGCCCUCCGGAGCUCCUGGACCUUCCGGACCUACUGGCGUUUCUGGACCUAAAGGUGCUCGCGGUGCUCAGGGACCCCCUGGUGCCACUGGUUUCCCUGGAGCUGCCGGCAGAGUGGGACCCCCUGGUCCCAAUGGUAACCCUGGUGCUGCUGGUCCCGCUGGCCCUUCUGGUAAAGAUGGUCCUAAAGGUGUGCGUGGAGACGGUGGACCCCCAGGCAGGCAGGGAGACGCUGGGCUGCGUGGAGCCGCUGGAGCCCCUGGAGAGAAGGGAGAUGCUGGAGAGGAUGGUCCCCCUGGUCCCGAUGGGCCUUCAGGUCCUUCAGGUCUGGCUGGACAGCGUGGUAUUGUUGGUCUUCCAGGACAGCGUGGAGAGAGAGGUUUCCCUGGCCUGCCCGGACCCUCUGGAGAGCCUGGUAAACAAGGAGCUCCUGGUGGAGGCGGAGACCGUGGAGCCCCUGGCCCAGUGGGACCCCCUGGACUGACUGGACCCGCUGGAGAACCUGGUAGAGAGGGCAACGCUGGUUCUGAUGGACCCCCUGGUAGAGAUGGAGCCACUGGAAUCAAGGGUGACCGUGGUAACACCGGACCUGCUGGUGCUCCUGGUUCCCCAGGUGGUAAUGGUGCCCCCGGCCCCGUCGGCCCCACUGGCAAGCAGGGAGACAGGGGAGAGGCUGGAGCUCAAGGACCCGCUGGACCUGCCGGGCCUGCUGGAGCCAGAGGGAUGGCUGGACCGCAAGGACCCCGUGGAGACAAGGGUGAGGCUGGAGAGGGGGGCGAGAGAGGACAGAAGGGACACAGAGGAUUCACCGGUCUGCAGGGUCUGCCCGGACCUCCCGGUCAAGCUGGAGACCAGGGUGCCUCUGGACCUGCCGGACCAAGUGGAUCAAGAGGACCUCCCGGACCUGUUGGUCCCUCUGGAAAGGAUGGUUCCAACGGUAUGCCCGGUCCCAUUGGACCCCCCGGACCCCGUGGUCGCUCCGGAGAGACUGGUCCCUCUGGUCCCCCUGGAAACUCUGGGCCCCCUGGUCCUCCUGGUCCUCCCGGUCCUGGCAUCGACAUGUCUGCCUUCGCUGGCCUGUCACAGCCUGAGAAGUCACCCGAUCCCCUGAGGUACAUGAGGGCCGACCAGGCCUCCGGAAACCUGAGGACGCACGAUGCUGAGGUUGACGCCACACUCAAGUCCCUCAACAACCAGAUCGAGAACAUCCGCUCCCCUGAGGGCUCCAAGAAGAACCCUGCACGUACCUGCAGAGACCUGAAGCUGUGCCACCCCGACUGGAAGAGUGGUGAGUACUGGAUCGACCCUAACCAGGGCUGCACCAUCGACGCCAUCAAGGUCUACUGUAACAUGGAGUCUGGAGAGUCCUGUGUCUACCCCAAGCCCGCCAGCAUCCCCAAGAAGAACUGGUGGUCCAGCAAGAGCAAGUCUGCCAAACACAUCUGGUUCGGAGAGACCAUGAACGGAGGAUUCCACUUCAGCUAUGGCGAUGACAGCCUGGCAGCCAACACAGCCAGCAUCCAGAUGACCUUCCUGCGGCUGCUGUCCACCGAGGCUAGCCAGAACCUCACCUACCACUGUAAGAACAGCGUGGCCUACAUGGACGGGGCCACGGGCAACCUGAAGAAGGCCGUGCUGCUGCAGGGGUCCAACGAUGUGGAGAUCAGAGCCGAGGGCAACAGCCGCUUCACGUACAGCGUCAUGGAGGACGGCUGCACGAAACACACAGGAGCAUGGAGCAAGACAGUGAUUGAGUACAGAUCACAGAAGACCAGCCGGCUGCCCAUCGUGGACAUUGCUCCCGUGGACAUUGGAGGAGCGGACCAGGAGUUUGGAGUUGACGUCGGCGCCGUCUGCUUCUUGUAAAGAAAGAGGAGCAGAGAGAGGAACACACACUUCUAUCAAAAAAAGGAAGAAUGAAAGAGAGAAUAGAGAAAGAUCAAGACACUUUUUUUGUUUUUUUUAAGUAAAAAGUGCUUUUUCCAACUAAGUCGUACUCCUGGAUAUCUGCACUGAAUGG